AUGAAAUUUUCUGAUGACGCUGUCGUCACGGAAUCCAAUCUCCGUUUCUAUUACGAGAAAAUUUGCCCAGUCCGCGAUCUUGUGAGAUGGGUUUCGUACGAAGGCGAAAAGACAGCCGGCCUUCUCCCUCGCCGUGAGAUCUCGUUUACAUUCCAGCGCGAGACGGGCGGUAGCGCAACCGAAUACUAUAUGAGAUGGCAAUGUUUUGAAAGCCAUAGGCAGCUUCAAAAUGUAUUGUACGGUCGGGACAAUGUUCCAUACAAGAUUGAUAUUGGCGCCGUAUACAACAAGCCCGUUUCGCUUAUGCAGCUUAGCGGAAGCAACUUCCACGCCGUGGAACGAGAGCUGGUGUUUGAUAUCGAUAUGAACGAUUACGACGAUCUCCGAACGUGCUGUUCGGACAAGCGCAUUUGUGAAAAGUGUUGGCGUUUUAUCAGUCUCGCCGCGGAGAUUUUAACGCGUAGCCUCACGGAAGAUUUUGGCUUCAAGGAUAUUUUAUGGGUUUAUUCCGGCCGCCGUGGGAUCCAUUGCUGGGUUUGCGAUGCACGUGCGCGUGCGUUAUCUAGUGAGGCUCGCAGCGCUAUCGUUGACUACUUGACACUGAUAGGUGCGGAUGGGCACAAGAAGCGUGUCAACCUUUAUGGGAUCGAGGAUCACCCCGCAGUGCUUCGCGCUUUCGACAUAUGCUAUCGCACAUUCGACCAUUUGUUGCGUGAGCAAAAUUUCCUAGCGAAAGAGGCACACCUACAAUCCAUGCAGGAUUACAUAACUGACCGGUUUCCCAAAGCUCAUCAGCUGCUGCAACGGGUUACGAAGAGUCAGGUUUCAAGUUCAUGUGAACUUUUCAACGACCUCUGCAAACUAUUGGACGUUGAAACGCCGUGUGAGUAUCGCGAAAGCACCCACGGGUCACAGGCGAGGAAGGAUGCAUUCCCUACUGCGUUUAGGGAAUUGGUGAUCGCAUUUUCAUAUCCGAGGCUUGAUGCCGCUGUUACAAAAGACAUUGGCCACCUUCUCAAGUCCCCGUUUUGCAUCCAUGCUAAAACAGGUCGUGUGUGUGUUCCCCUUGCACUUGACAUGAUAUCCACCUUCCGCCCGGAGUCAGUGCCAACGUUGGGUAAGAAAUCAUUAAAUGUUCUCAAAAAUGUUGUCAGCUGCUUUGCGGCAGUACUAUGA